GCCUACUAUCUUCUCGAGGAGUUUGCUGUCCAGCAUCAAGAGAGAUAUAAUGAAUGCGAAAAUCUGAUAAACUGGAAGGCGCCAAUCCUGUGGCAAGUGGGCUUUAUGGGCGAUCGAUACUGGGAAUGGGUAAAUCUUCCAGUAGACCGACCUAUUCGAUACUUCCAAUCAGAAAUUUUAGAAAUAUUGUCGGUAACACCAUGGUAUAUCUUACCAAUUGUUUGGUUACCCAUAAUUGCAUAUUUUCUUUAUAUGGGUUGUGUAUCAAAAAUUUCGACAAAUAUUGCAAUCACGAUGCAAAAUAUUUUACCGUCAUUCGUUUUUGGAAUAUUUAUCUGGACCGUUGUGGAAUAUUUUGUUCAUCGAAAAGUAUUUCACUUUCAACCGCCGCAUAAUUCGAAGUUACUGAUUACUCUGCACUUCUUAUUCCAUGGAAGCCAUCAUAAAGCGCCAUUAGAUGAACGAAGAUUAGUAUUUCCGCCGACAUUCAGUGUAUUUGCGGCGGCAAUUAUUUGGCAACUUUAUAAGGCCGUAUUCCCGCUAACUGUAGUUUAUCUUAUCGCCGCUGGUACUAUGACGGGAUACCUGUGUUACGAUUUGAUACACUAUUACUUGCAUAAUGGUGCACCAAAAGCUGGAUCAUAUCUAUACACCAUGAAAAGAAGACACAAUUAUCAUCACUUUGUACACCAUGAUCAAGGAUUUGGAGUUACCAGUGAAUUGUGGGAUCGAUUAUUCAAAACGAGUUUAAGUUUGCGAAAAUUAAAAGAACCUUUAAAAUGGUGAAGUGACAAUGAAGAAACUGCCACAAUAUUUAUAUUUAUUGAUAUAAUAUUCAUUUGAUCAAUUUUUAUUGUAUAAAUAAUAACUUAUUUAUAAUAUAAUCACAAUUAUAAGUACAUAAUAUCUUUUACAAAUAAUUGCGCCUUGUAUAAACUUAACUUAAUAAGUCUCAGUUCCAUCGCUUUAAGUACAUAAAUCGAUAAGAGAUUCAUUAGAGUUUUAUAGCAUAUUUAAGUAAUUAAAUAGUAAGUUUUUAAGAUAAUACACUAAUAUAGAGAGUCGUAAAAUAAAAUAUUGACAAAUUUGUAUUUUGACAGCUUUGCAUUUAUAUUCACUUGAUUAAAUAAAUGUUAUACUAAAGGCUUUGGACCAGCAAAGUUGGUAUCUUAAGUACAUAACUCAUGGUAUCUAUUAUUCCAUGAUAUCCAUUUAUCCAUUUCACGCCUAAUAUCACAUACAUCCAAA